CGGAGCUGCGGGUGAGCUCGACGUGCUGUGCGCAGCCGUGGCGCCGGCGGCCUGAAGGGGGCGCUGUAUUGCAUUGCAUUGCUCUGUCCGGAGGUGCGCCGUUCGCUCAUUCAGCAGCAGCAGCUGCAGCAGCAGAAGAAGAAGCGCCAGCCCCGCUCUCUGUGCUGAGGGUCUCGCCGUCCGGCGGCUCACGCAGCCCCUUUAACUGCAGGGGGGGGUGUCGGUGCUCGGCGGAUGUGAGCCGCUCGAGAGGUGCGCACUUGUGCUGCCGCCGGGAUGCCGCUGCAUUAGAGGACAGGAGGCCAAUCGAACAACAUGGUGUCGUGGAUCAUCUCGAGAUUAGUGGUGCUGAUCUUCGGCACGCUGUAUCCUGCCUACUCCUCUUACAAGGCGGUGAAGACCAAGAAUGUCAAGGAGUAUGUCAAAUGGAUGAUGUAUUGGAUUGUUUUUGCGUUUUUCACCACGGCGGAGACGCUCACGGAUAUCAUCCUUAGCUGGUUCCCGUUUUACUUUGAGCUGAAGAUCGCCUUCGUCAUCUGGCUGCUCUCGCCCUACACCAAAGGCUCCAGUGUUUUGUACCGCAAGUUUGUCCACCCGACGCUUUCUAACAAGGAGAAGGAAAUCGAUGAGUACAUCAGCCAAGCGAGGGACCGCAGCUACGAGACGAUGAUGCGCUUCGGGAAGCGAGGCCUCAACCUGGCGGCGAAUGCAGCGGUGACCGCGGCUGCCAAGGGUCAGGGUGUGCUCUCCGAGAAGCUCCGCAGCUUCAGCAUGCAGGACUUGACUCUCAUCCGAGACGAGGAGACCCUGCACCUGCACGCUGCUGACCCCCGACUCCGAUCGUCUACCAGCAGCCUCCUGGAUUCCCUGGAGGACGCCAGCGUGGCCAGCGCUGUGCCCCGUGGUAAAGCCAGGCCAGCGGCGAGUCCCGGCGAGGACGUCCAUUCGAAGUCAGACGGGGAGCAGACGGAGACGAGGACCGAGCAGUCCGACGAGGACACGGGGGACAAAGCGCCCAAGCGUGCCCAGAGCGUCAAAACGGUCAAGAAGCCGGCAGCAAAGGCAGAGCCGCAGACCAAGACGGUGAAGAGGCAGCCGAAGAAAAAGACGACGGCCCCCAGUGAGACGGCGUGACCCGCGGCUGGCGCACCUGUGUGACGGGCACACGCACCCCGUGUAAAUAGCGUCGCGUGCAGACCGCGUGGGGUGGUCAGCAGCUGUCCGCUUCAGUGCCGUGUUGAUCCCUCAUCCGUCCCGCAGUGCGGUGUUUCAUUUUUUUAUUCCCCGGACGUCUCCCGCUCCUGAACUUUUCCAGGACUUUUCCAGCCUGCCGGACAGCCAGGGGUUUCUUGGGAAGAAAAACAAAAAGGAAUGCGUUUGAGUUGGCACACUGGAGUUGCUUUGGUUUUUCUCAACUGGUCUUAACUGGAAAGCUGUGUGACUGGGGGUGAGUAUGAUGGACGUGCCCCUCACUUUCACUAGGGUGGCAUACAUGCCUUUUUAGGCCAAGCACACAUGCCUGUGAGCGGCCAGUGGGGUCCUUCCAAGUCGCUGUGUACUUCUAACCUUCAAAGAUUUGGAAGGUCCCUGAUGGCAGACUUGGGAGACGGCUCUGCCAUCUGCUCUCCUCAUCUGCUGCCCACUGGCACUUCUCACUGACAGCCCCAAGUCCACCGCUGCCUGCCAUUUGGUUCAGUCCUCCCAAGCCCCCGCCCCAGAAUGCCCAUCAUCUUCUAGCCAGCAAUGCCCUGCAAGUUGUAACCUUGGUGGCUGUGAUGCCAGUCACAUGAGAUGUCACUUUCUGUGAACUGUGAUACCCACUGAAUGGACCAUCACAACACUCUUCAAGGGAGCUGUGGCACUGACUCUGUGCCAUGUAAGGGAUCUGUGAAAUGAGCCUUGAUGCCAGCUGUCUGCUGAUCUGUGAUACCAGGUCCCUGGAUGCCCAGCCAGGAGAUCCACCAACACUUUGGAUGUUUCUUUUAGUUAGCAGUGGCUGCCACAUUAAAAUCGAUGCCAGAAGUUCUGGCCAUCCCAGCCCUCCACAUGUCUGCCACCUGGUGGUUGAGCUGCUGUGUAUGUUCCUUUGAAGGUGGUCGUACCAGUUCUGUGGUGCCAGUUGCAGCUGACAUUUGUCACGUCUAAAGUGGGUGGUCCACCUAAUUUGCAGGGCAAACUGGACAGGAAUGGGCAGGGCUGUGCCUGUUGCUUGGCACACCCUCAUCUCUCCUUCAUGGGCAUCGUUGUCCUGAUAGUUGGCAGCUCCCAUGGUCCAUCAUGUGCCUGCCAAUGCCAUUGAGCUCUGCUGUUGGUUUUUUUUUUUUUUUUGUUCUGGUCACCUCAAAUGUGAAGAGUCCUGGUGCGCACGAGCUGCGGGUGACACUUUUCUACUCUCCUCGGUUUGGGUCACUCGACUUCGCUUUGCACCUUUUUAUGCGUUGACAAGAACCUCGUGUGCCUGGGCUUGAUGCCCCCUUGUUGCCUCUGGGUGCUUUGGCAAGGCACAGGUGACUUUUGAAUUGAGAGUGUUGGCAAACAGAAUGGCAGACGUGGGCACAGAGUGCGUCCUUGUGGACCGCCACUAGGGGGUGCCAACACUCUUGUCUGUUGUAUACCUACUGGUGUGGCUGGUCACCACAAAGGCCAAGUCGCCCCACGGUGCCCAGUUAAGGCCUUGGGUCACAGGUCGCUUACUUUAUGGUUUUUAAUGUGUUUUUUUUUUUGGUUUUUAAUUUUAAUUCUAUUUGUUGACCGCAGCUUUUAUGAGGUGAAUAUCUGAAUAAAUUCUAAAAAGCGCCGUGUGUUGUACCGUUAAAUUUUAGAAUGGAAAUAAAAGUCUGGAAUGUACUGCCUCCAUUAAAACUGAGGUCUUGA